CUAGUGAGCUCGGCUGUGCUCUCCUCUACUCUCCUUCCUCCUCUCCUCCGUCCUCUCUGCAGUCCUUCUCAGACAUGAAGGCUCGGUUCUGCUCCGACAGGAUGCUCCUUCUGACCGCGCUGGUGUCGCUGCUCCUCGCGGGGCUGGCGGCCUCCUCCCCGGACCUUUUCGACAACCAACUCGGAGACAUUAAUUACUGCAAACUGCAAUGCCAGCUCGUCAUCAAGAACAAAAGCCCGGCUAAAGACUCCGUCAUGAACGCCUGUCACCGUGGCUGCCGUCUCUACUCCAUCUGUCAGUUCGUCAAUGGCAACGCCGGCUUCAACACCAGCAGGGAGGAGUGCCAGGGAGCCUGUCAGGAGGCCUAUGUUAAGUUGCUGGAGCAGGAGGCGUGCUGCACCGGCUGUGCCAGCCAGCCCUCUGAGCCCGAGCUGCUGAGGAGGAAGCUCAAGGCCAUGACCCACCGGCCCAAGCAGCCCUCCGUCAUGGAGGCGAUGUCGGGUUGGUUCAACGACAUCGUCAGCUCCGCCCAGAGCUUCAUCUCCUCAACGUGGACCUUCUACCUGCAGGCGGACGACGGCAAGGUGGUGGUGUUCCAGUGUGGCGCUAUGAGCUGGGGUGGAGAGGUCCUGGGGCGCGCUGCCAGCGCCCUGUCACGGACGGCCAGGGCGCUGGAGGACGACCGAGCCAGCGCCGGCCCCUCCACGCUGGUGUGUUAA